GCAGAGAGACCCAUGAAGUAAAAUGUGAGGCCAUGGAAGGUGGAGUAUUUUCGCUUCAUCUUUGGGUAUUCUGUUGCUCUUUUAGUGGACUAAAUGGCUAGACCUACCCUUAGUGCCGAUCUUGAGUUCCACAUUCUUCAUAAUUAUCCUUGGGUCAAGCUACCGUCGAACUUAAAGCAGGUAAAACCAUGUUCAUCUUCUAUGCCUAAAAUGUAUGGCCAUGGUGCUUUAUCGUUGAGCUAAUAAUCUUUUUAGCCUUUCUUAUAUAGUGUUAACUGAAGAACAAUUUGAAAGAAUUGCUAUUUAGAAAAAGGAGAAAUACCUUUAUGAACACUGCUCAUUGGCUUUGUCAUGACUCAAUGGUUACCUGUAUAGCGAUCAUACAUCAAUUUGAAAUGGAAAUUAAAAGUGGAUUUAUUUCUUUAAUAAGCUCAAUGUCGGCAUUUAGUGGCUAAAAUUCUCACUUUUACCUUAUAUACAUUUUAACGUAGUCAUUGGGUAACAGUCAAAAGGAGUGGGAAAAAUGUGUCUUCGACUACAGUGUACGAAACCAGCUGAGAUAUCGAGGAAAUAUUGGUGAGUGAAAUGUUUACUUUUGGUUUCGAAUUCUUACUUUCACAUUUUCAGCUUAAUUUCAAAAUGGUCCCUUAUAUUAAAAAAUAUUNUUGGCUUUGUCAUGACUCAAUGGUUACCUGUAUAGCGAUCAUACAUCAAUUUGAAAUGGAAAUUAAAAGUGGAUUUAUUUCUUUGAUAAGCUCAAUGUCGGCAUUUAGUGGCUAAAAUUCUCACUUUUACCUUAUAUACAUUUUAACGUAGUCAUUGGGUAACAGUCAAAAGGAGUGGGAAAAAUGUGUCUUCGACUACAGUGUACGAAACCAGCUGAGAUAUCGAGGAAAUAUUGGUGAGUGAAAUGUUUACUUUUGGUUUCGAAUUCUUACUUUCACAUUUUCAGCUUAAUUUCAAAAUGGUCCCUUAUAUUAAAAAAUAUUAAGUAGAAGCAAAUGUUUUUACCUUUUCUUUGCUACUAUGCAGCCAUAUCUCAAGGAAGCUAAAGAACUAAAAACACGAUCGCUUUAAUAUUAUUAUUCACACGUCAGAAUAGUGUCAUCUUUACGAUUAUGCGAUUUGUGCUGACUAUACACUCCAGCUAUAAAUUGUUUAUAAUAGAGAGUAUUUUAUUGUUUUAACAUCAAAAGUGUAAUUAACUAACUUGAAUCUAACAGUUUAUAGACAAUAAGGUGAUUGUUAUUUUUUUGUGCCUUUAGAUUUAUAACUGAAUGUAUUUAAUAAUCACUGGAACAUUUUUCCUUGGUAAUUCACAAGGAAAUAUCUCCUUGGGUUUGUGCCUUAGCUAAGGCUGUAUCUCUAAACUCUGAUUGACAUCAGCAAAAAAUAAUCUAUACACUAAAAGGUGCCUAAUUGGUAAGGGGAGUUAUGAGAAUGACACAUAAAAUCAUUCCUGUGAGUUCUUUUGAUAUAUUGGCAACUUCUCCUCACUUCCUGUGUAAGAAACAUAUGGGCACAAGAGAGGAGAAUCUGUAUUUUGAUAUUAAAUAGAUAUCUGUUAAGUAGACAAUUACAAUUUCUACUGUGUAAUUGUAAAGGAAUGAGUUUUUUGCUAUAUUCUCUGCGACCCAAUGCAGCAAAAAUGGCGUAAAUUUCAAAUAUAUUAUGUAGAAAUUAUAAAGAAGAUUGAUUUUGAAAAUCUUGAAUAAACUGAGUAUCAAUAUUUAAAAAGGAGAGUAAUUCUUAUGCUUUAAAGAUUAAGUACUGCCAAUGUGUUCUUGACAACAGAUUAUUUGAAAUAAUAUUGUUAUAUAUUUUUUGUCACUGUCAAAACUCAGGGUCUUUAAAAAUAAAGACUGCAUUUAGAAAACAGCCGGAAUUUUGCUACGCCACCACUGGUUUCCCCGUCUGAGGAACAAGUGAAGAAAUUCUCUACUGAUGAUGUCUCACCACCCAACUGUGGGUGUUCCUCUGAUUAAUCAUUCUGCGCUGAAAAUUUGCUUCAACAAGUCAGAGGCACUAUCCAGGUGUGCCCGCUGUGGGGUAGUGUCAUGUCAUCAGUACGGGAAUUUCUGCGUGUACUCCUCAGAUGUAAACCAUUGAAAAAUGUUGGCUGGUUUCUCCUGCUCGAGAAGCGGGUGCUGUAUAUUUUCACAUCUCCAAAUUGUUAGGUAUUCUAGUCUUUUCAAAUGUUAUGGAUGAAAAACUGUAGCUCCUGUCGGACAACACUUUCUCUAAUCUCACUCUUGUCCUGACUGGAGGGAUAUAGAAAAAAGCAAUAGGGACGUAAUUAUAGUGGUUGGAGUGAUCAACAAUGAAGGAUCCCGGUCAUUUAAUAACCAUGUUAAUCACCAUCUUUUAGUGUCCUGAUUUAUGUAGCUUUUGAUUGUUGUAUCUUUAUCUUCUGAGCUGCUGUGAACCAUUGAUUGGCCCUUUUGGAUCACUUUUGUUAUGCACUUUUCAUUCCUUUUGUGGCUAUUGUUCACUUUUUGCUUGUUAUAUACAAAAAAAACUGACCCUAUAGCCUAUUCCAGGUUCUAAGAUAGUAAUGUGAAGUCUUGCAGUAAAAAGUGAUGAGAAAAACACGUGGUGGCUGGUGAGAGUACCAUAUGAGAGCCUUGUUCAGGCUACUGACCCUAUUUUCGUUUUCCAAGCGACACUUAAAUGGAGCCCAGCUCUGUUGUGUGGGUUUACCUUGCCAAUACUGUUUAGGUGUUCUAAACUGGUUUAAGUUUAAGGCCAAUACAGUUUAGUGUUCCAAAUCUAAAUCUAAAUUUUAUUUGUAAGAGAAGAUAUGAGCUUCUGAUUGGGGCAAAGAUGACUGGCCAUUUAAAGCAAAUGUCCAUAGAGCAGGGUUUCACCAUAAAAUAAUGUCAUGAAGUACAGUGUAUGUGAGAUAUAAUUAAGAUGUGUGCAAUGUCAAUGUUUUCAGUGCGGCAAGUCAGAAGGGACGAGAAAAAGUAUUAUGAAGAUUUACUUCAGUACAGUAAACAGCAUCUCAUGGUAAGUUGAUUGAAAAACACUCAUUUUGUUACCCCAUGCUAAAGUGCUUCAUCCUUCACUGUAUAUGUUAUUUUUGAUAUGGAUGGGUGGUUUAAUAUUCAUAACUUGAAUUAUCCAUAAGUUGUUGUUAUGUGACUUUUCUAGUCCAAGUGAAACCACUCAAAAUUUACUCUUGGUCAUCAUUCUUUAUUAUCACACACAUGAUGCUUAUUGGUAUUGCUGAUCCUAGCUGUAUGCAGGAUGCAUUUCACAUAUUAACCUUGUACAUGGGGUAGCUUACCAUGAGGCCUUUGUAGCUCGGUGGUUAGAGCAUCCAACCAGUGUGCGGAAGGUCUAGGUUCAAUUCCUGUCAGGGAGUUGGAUUUUUUCUUUGUCCUGCACUCGUGACAUGAUGAUCACAUCUUUUCUUGCAUCAUUUUAAUUCUUUUUUCCUUGACAGCUCUUCCCAUACCAUCUGUCAGAUGUCAUUGUCAAGGGCCUGAGGAUCACUCCAUUUUCUUAUUACUGCAGCAUUAUGGAGAACAUCAUGUCCAAUGAGAGGAGCUAUGACUCUUUGCCCAACUUCACUGCAGCUGACUGUGAGUCAAGGUUUCUUUCUCUUUUUCUAGAAAUUUAGGAGACAUUCAGUGAAAGCACUGCUGAACUAAUGAAGUUCAAACAAAAUACAUGCCAAGAACAGCCCGAACCUUUAGCAGGAGUAAAAAGAUAUUGUAGCUAGAUUACAAAAGCUGAACCCUGGAGAGGCUAUUUCCAGUUGGGCUAUUUAAAGAAAAUGAACUUGUGAAUAUGCGAAAGCGUGUUUUGACAGGCACAUGAGCAUUUGAUUUAAACCAAAAAAAUGUUUUAUUUUAGCGCAAAAUUUUUUUUAAACAAUACAUGCACGAGUUCCCCACAGUCUUAACUUUGAUUUGAACUUCCAAGGAAAAUAAAAAUUAACUUAGGUUGUUUCUCAAUUUCCUUUGUCUCUUAGCCCUAUUCAUGAAUAAUGAGGGCUAGGAGACAAAGGAAAUUGAGAUUCAACUUAGGUUAAAAAAUUUAAACCUGAAUUUAAUUGUGACCUGUAACAUUGUAAGCAUUAAUUUUGCAUGGAGUUUAGACUGCAUUUCCUUCAAUUUACUGUAACAGAAGCCCACAGUGAAAAAAAAUGAUUGCAUUAGUACAGUCGACUCCUGAUAACUCGAACCUUCAAGGGAAAUCGAAAAAAGUUCGAGUUAUCGGGAGCUCGAAGAAAAUAGCCAAGAGUAAGGUACAAAAACACUUUUCACUGCACAGUGAACAUUUUAAUGACAUUUAAUUAUAGAAAUGUCAAGUGAAAAUUAAAAGAUACUUCUAGAUUAUAAAUCAGAACGUAACGUAACAAACCAUAGCCUAAGUAGAGCAUGCGUUUUACUGUUUUGAGAAGUAAAGCUGCUUCACGUUAGCCUGUGACAAUCAAUAUCAGCCUCCACUAGUAAACUAUACUCCUACAACACGUCAAUAGGAAGUCCAAAAUUCAAUGUUCGUACACCAGUAGACGGCUUUUUUCCCGACUUUUUAAGGGCUCAAAACAUGGUUCGCGUUAUCGAGGGUAAAAUUAUAUAGAAAAUAACCUGAGGGGAAACGAAAAUUGGUUCGAGUUAGCGGGAGUGCCAGUUAUCGAGGGUUUGAGUUACCGAGGGUAAAAUUACAGUGAAUGUAUGACGGAAUUCCAGGGAAAAUCGAUUUUGGUUCGAGUUAGCGCGAGGUUCGAGUUAGCGAGGAUUCGAGUUAUCAGGAGUCGACUGUAGUUCACUCAACAUGUGAUCGGCUCUUGCUUUUUUUCAGCUUAGAACUCUUUUGUAUAAUGUCUGAAGGGAUUCUUGAUUGUGCAACAACAGCAAUCUUUGCACUUUACCUGCUUUGACAAAUUUUUCACUUACCUUGUAAUAAAGAGUGCAUGAAAACCCGUUUCUAGAACUUGCUUAAUGCUUCUCCAUGAGUUCAUGACCCUGAGCCACAGCCUGAGCUUGACUUGGAGUUUUGAUAAAUCAAGUAUUGAAAAAUCAAGAUUCUAGUGUGUAUUUUUUUAAUUCUCAUGCCAAUAAAUUCAUUUUUGCGAGACAGGUUUUGGACUUUGCCUUAUUUUAAAACUGGAGGUAUUGUAGAUAGUGGGGAGGUGUGAAAGAGUGGGGAAGACACAAAAGUGAAAGGCACACAAAAAAGUGGGGUGGGGCAGGAAAAAAGGAAAAAGGAAGGGAGAGAGACCAACCCUUCUCUCCCCAGUGUCCUCUAGAUUUUUUCUAGUCGGGGCUUUCUCAAUUUUGUGGACCCGACUAUCUCAGAGCCUGGAACAGGCGAGGGGUACUGGAACUGAGAGAUGGCCUGUUGAGGAAUAUUUUUUUAUCUUGCAGGUUUGAGGCUGUUGGCAGUUGGUAGAAAUCAGUACAUUGAAUUGAUGAAUACCUGUAGAUCAUCAAAGGUAUGAAUUGAUAUAGGAUUAUAAAACAAAUAUUUAACAAUAUUGCUCUUGGCUCCUUCAUUGCAGUUAAUAAUUUUGUACUUGAUGCUCAGUGAUGCAUGGUAGUGAAACUUAUAAAUUAUACUUAGCAGAGUUUUACAGCCUACUUCCUCCUAAAGUGAUGAACUGUUACCAGCUGCCUUUAUGCACAAUCCUGCUCGAUCUUACAGAACCUUGUGUAUAUAUGAUAGGCGUGUUUUUCUUUUAUUAUUCAUUUAGAAAUUUUUCAGAAAGAAACCUGUAAGAGAUCUAUUACCAACUAAACCUGCAGUGCUGAAAGUCUUAGAACCUUGGUGGGUUGUACAGAUUGGUUAUGUGACAGAGGAUGACAUCAGGGUAAGUUAAAAAAAGCCUCAGAAGAAAUUGCAUGGCUUUUUUUUCCUUCUGCUGCUAAUGAUAUACGAGUCGUUAGUUGUACUACAGUGCAUUUUUAGGUGAAGUAAAGGGUAUUCUUUUUUAGUUCCAAAAGUUUCUUUUUUCUUGUCACAACUGCUUGUCAAAAUUGACAACAACCAGCAGCUGGUUGAAAACAAAUGAAUUAAUCGAUUUAAAAAGGAUGUAAGUGACAAUUUUGCUAGAAAUAGCUGUUCGAUGAUCACCAAAUUAAUUUUCUGCAAGGUUGCUCUUGAAAAGUGAAGAAUGAAAGACAGGCUUAAAAAGAGGUUCUUACUACAUUGGUGCCCUGUGCCCAUAUUUCAAACCUCUUACGCAUAGGUGUGAGAGGCAUGUAUGUUUUGGUACCUCAUAGAAGGGGCUUAUUAGAGGCUUGGUGCCAAAACGAUUGAAGUGAUUUUAAAAUUUGCUUGCUGCCUCAUUCUUAACAUGUAGUUUGUUUUGAUUUAGAUGUGUUCCAAUGCUGAGCAUCAAGCGAUUGACUCUAUCAUUGACAAAGGACCGAUUGAAGCUGGGGCCAUGGACCUCAAGGUUGUGCAAGGUAAUUACAAGCUGACCAGCCUUGUGAUUUGAUCCUGAGUAGCCAGAGGGUGUGGCGUCAGUGUUUGAUCUGACCCCUUUGGCUUAGCAAACUCAAAUUAACAUUUUACCACUCUACAUUCUCUUGUUUGAUUCCUGUACUUUAUAGGGGUUUAUUCUAGAAGUGAAUUGGGUUUGUUCAAAUUUUCUGAAAUGUUUUUCAUGGAAUGUUAUGGUACUGUCAUCACUCUGCAUGAGGCAUUCUAGUAAGUUUAAGUCUGUGUUUCAUUUAUUGUAAGAAGAAAAAAACUGAGUUUCCAAAAUUAAUGUUCUGAAGAUGUGCACACACAGAACCCAAAGCUGUGAAAAAUGGUAAACCUGUCAAGUUAGAAAAUCAUAGAACCUACGAACCAGGGUUGUCAGUUGAGCUUUUUUUUAUGUUACAGGAGAGGGUAGCUAAUUAAAAAAAUGGUUAUGUACUGUCAUUUUUAAUCUGGAUUUGAUUUGCUGUGGCAAAAAUCAAUUUGCCAUGGCAGUUUCAGGACUUACAUGACAGCCAGAGAAACACAACAUUUACACAAGGAACCCAGUUGCCUAAAGAGCCCAAGAUUUGACUUGUCCUCAGUCAUCUCCGUGGGUAACGUGCAUGGCGGGAGCAGGGGGUGUUUGAAAGGGAGAAGAGAGGAAGACUCUCUUGCUCGCUUUCCUCCUUCCCAUCACACCCUGCACGCCACUAGGAAGAGAUGGUGAGAGAUUACUGUGGACAAGUCAGGCCCAAGAUAGGGGUAUUCCAAGUUAACUUCCUUCUUUCAUGGUCCAGUUAUUUUAAUUUUAAACCUUGUACUAAUAUUGUAGCAUUUUGCAGUUGUCAUUUCUUUAUGAACUGAAUAUACCCUACGGUUAGCUGACGUGUUCAUUAACUAGUUUUUGAAUCGACAUUUCAAGGCAGUGGGUGAGGUUGAUCUUAUUGUUUUUGCAGGUUUAUACACCAAAGGCCUUAUUUACAUAAAUGUGCCAAUUGCUGAUGGCGAUUAUAUAGUAGGUGAGUAGGAUUAUACCAGCAAUAAUAAUCAUCAUUUUGUUUGGUGGUGUCAUGAUGGCUGUGCCUUGUAACCAUAUUAGUCAUACUUGUGAAGAAUGUGACUGAUUAAGUGCUAGGAAUCUUUUCCCUUACCAUCUUCAAUAUCUUAUCAGUCCUACCUUAAGAACCUUUGUUGCUUCAAAGGUCAAGACCAGCUACUAAUGCCUGCCUCUGCAGAUAGCCCUGCAAUUCAAAUAGUCCUGCCAUUUAAAGACCAAGUUUUGGCAGACUGAUUUCAAGUAGAAGAUUUGUCUAGCUAUAAAACAAGCUUUUGUUAACAACAAGAUCCAAGCAGAACUUGACGUUCAAGAGAAAAAACUGUUUCUUGCAAACUAGUUGUGUAGUGUACCAGUUUCAUUUUGACUUGUGUGGUGCAAAAUAUGCAGGUUUUACACUGCUCAAGGCACUUACGCCAGCACCCAGAAGAGUCAUGUCAGCGCAAAGUUUCUGUCCCUGUCUUCAGUUAGAGGUCUGCCCUGAAUUGAGGUGUUGUAAAGGAGAGGUGUCACUGCUUUUUCCCUUUUCAAAUCUCAUUUCCAAAGAAUGUAACCAAAACUAUGGGUAUUUUCUUUUUUGUUGCUUUUCAGUUCCCCCUCUAGAGAACUUUGUGAUGAACAGAGUUUUGGGAGAUUAUUUUGAAACUCUUAUGUACAAAAUAUUUGUUUCAAUAGAUGAAAACACAACCAUAGCAGAAGUAAGUUAAUAACCUGAUCAUCUAUGGAUCAUGUUACUGUUUGGUUCUUCCUAAUUUGUUUGUUGUUAAAGUUUUAUCAGACAUUGCAGUCAGAUUUUAUAACUAAGAUUUAUGUUUGCUUCAUUUUUAGCUUGCAAAUGUUUUACAGAUAGAUUUACAGUUGGUUAAGGUAAGUUUUUAUUCAGCAUUAGCUAACUUGAUUUAAAUACUUUUGGAAAUAGCUGACUAAUUAAAUCUUCAUCAUAUUGGAUAAUGUUUACUUAAUGUUGUUUAGUCAUUGGUUCUCAUUAUCUUGUUUAUUUGUUUAACGAUAUUUUCUUUUCUUCACAGAAUGCAGUAUCUGUUUACAUUCGAUUAGGAUUUGCCCACAAGAAGGGUGCAGAAAUAGAUGAGUCAAAAUUACAUUCCUCAUGGACUUCGAAAAUCAACAGUUUAACCACUAAAAGGUACUCUAAACUUUUAAUGGUAUUUGCUACGACAUCUUAAUAGUAUCUUCUUUGACGGGACAAUAUAUCAAGAACAACAAAGUCUGAAAAGUGUAGGUUCUAGGGAAGGGCAAGGAUAAAUCUAAAUGUCUUUUCAUUUUUCUCAAAAUAAUGAGCUCUUUUUCUCUGAAAACGCUUCAUACCCAUGAAAAUAGGCCAUAUCCCAGUCCCCCCGGGCCUCUGUUUCAAAACGAGGGUAGGUGCUCAGCCUUUGAUAUGGAAAUCAUUUUUCAUUCUCAUGCAAAUAAAACUCAUUUUCACAAGAAAGGUUGUGCACCUAUAGCCUCAUUUUGAAAGUGAGGGUUUUUGGAACUCGGAGGUGGCCUAUAGUUUUAAAAUGGUGCCAACAUCAACACCAGUAUAAGUUUCCAAACACGUAGGACAUUUUUUUAGCGCACUUUUCAAAAGUCUACUAAAUCACCAGUGUAUUAGUAAUAUGUUAGCCUUUGAACAUUGCAAGUUACAACCUCAGCUUUGAAGUACUUUUACUGGUUUUACUUUGCAAAUUUCUCUUGAUUGCCUGCGGCGAAGCCAAAAUGAGUCCCACAGGGCCAAGAAAAUCCCCUCUUAUCUCAGGAUCUGGAUCUGCAAUCAAACGUUGUUAUUCAUUGUACUGUUGGUUGAACAAAACAACUUUAUCCCUGGCUUAAAUUUGAUUUUCCUCUACACUUAUCAUAUACAUGUACUAUCAUACAUAAUUAUAAUAUACAUGAAUAACAGAAAAUGAAAAUUGAACAAAGAUGUUUAAUAGGUAUAAUCUAAAAUACUCUUCGAAUUGCAUGUAAUUAGCAUUUUAAAGAACAUUCCUCUUCUACGGAUUAGAAAAACAACAACAACAACGGUAAUAUCUUGUUGACAUAGUUCAGUCUAUGUUAGCUUAGAGCUGAUGUGAAACUACAAUAAACAUAUCACUAUCUAAUUUAAGACAUGUAGUAAUUACAAAAAAUGUAGGGUAUAAAAAUCCAUGGGUAAGUUAAUCAAGCUAAAACUCCUAUAAUAAUCUAAAAUUAUUCAAAUUUCCUAAAAUUCCUUUUAAAAAAACAAAAUUAUUGACAGUACCUUAAAAUAUCUAAAAUUACUCAAAUCCUUAUUAGAAACAAGGGCAGAUUCAACGGAUAUAGAGAGAGAACGAAGUUCUUGAUCGUGAGUUUUUUUCUGGGUCUUACUCUAACUACUGUUAAAUAAAUCAUCUCCCUGAGUAUCUUUUAAAUUGAAUAUACAAAUGUACAAAAAUAGGAAAAUCUGUUUUCUAAUUAUGGUCUUGCACCUAUAUUUGUAAACACCAGGUAUGGAAGCAGAGAAGACUUGUUGACGCUCGAUCUUAAUAACCUUCCUGAGAAGUCAAAUUCAUCAACAUCAUCAGCCAUAUCAGUGAACGGCGCUGAAGAAACAAAUGGCGAAUUCGUUUCCAGUACACCAGGUAUGUCGCCUGAGCACACUAGGCUGAUUUAGCAACAGAACGGGAACGUCAGUUGAAGACGGCGCGCGCAAAUCAAACAGCUGGCUUGACCAAUGGCAGAGCGGCAAAUUGAGCAUCGGAAGUCGUAUUUAGCCCUUUCCGCGCGCUUUCCCGUCGUCAACUGACGUUCCCGUCCUGUUGCUAAAUCAGCCCACUAAUGCUAGUAGGGCAUCAGAUUUUUGUUUGAAGGCUGCAACUUAGUUGACAUAAAAAAAUAGCUGCAAGCUCAGCAAGCUCUCCAUUGGGGGAGAGUCGCGAGGAUUCACGUGAAAGCCGCGCGCUAAAGGAGACGCGAGUGCGUGGGGCUCGCCUCGCUCGCAGGCUAUCAAAAAGAGUACAGUGACUAUCGAAUAUUUUAGCUAACUGUUACGUAUUUACGUUUUUCAAAAACGAAGGGUAUUCAUUCAAAGAGCAACUAAGUUAAUUUAUUGCCAUCUUCUUAGUCAGUCAUCUAUCUAUCCAACCGUUUUACUUUGCGGUGCUUUGUGUUUGUUUGUUUGGAUUUUAUUGUUCUAGCGUGAUGUUCACGCUAGAACACGCAUGGGAAACGUUACAUAAUCUUCGUUACUUUUUCAAUUUCAGUUGCUCUUUUUUUAUGCUUAAAGCCAACCGUUACACCUUCUCUAUUGUUACGUCGCUGUAGUUAUAUGAAAUAGAUAGGUGAGAGUAAAGCCAUUAUUUUAUUUUCUUCAUUUGAAAAAAGGCGGCAUGGUGUAUCCCACGGUGAGUUUAGUUUCAGAGAGGGGUGCAUCGUUAUUAGCGAGGAUAUUGUUCCUGUGGAAAUAGCUCUGGAUAGCAAUUAAGUACUUCACGGAUAACACGUUUGUUCACCAAUCCAUCUAAAGUACGUUGUUCGGCAAUUUUGUAGUGCAUCUCUAGUCCCUCCUUCAACGCUGCUUCCAUUUCUUGAAGGCGUUCUGCUUUUUGAUAAAAGACAGCUUGUUCGGUCUUCACCAAGACUUUCCACUGAUGAUUUUCCUCUAACUCUCUCUCGGCAAUGCUUUCUGCUUUCAGCAGCAAUUUUUCUCCUUUUUCAAAGUUACCGUUUUUGAUUUGGCAUUUUCCGUAGUUUUUUAGCAUUAAAAUGCUUUCCUUUUGGUCAUCCACCUCUAGUUCUCUCAUCAUACCAAAAGCCUUUUGAUAACACUCAAGUGUUACAUCAAUGUUGUCAGACUCAGUCAAAACAAAAUCUGCAAUUUUUUUGUAACAUUGAGCAGUCAUUAUAUGGAGACCGAGUUGCGUCUCAAAGAUAUUCAGUGCUCGGAUGUAUUUGUCUAUCACAUCACCGUAAUCAUAGCGGCGUUUUGCGUACCUCCUAGCAAACAUUAGGGUUGCCGCAGUUUCAGGAUGAUCAGGAUAUUUUUCCUCGCAGAUGCGUAGUGCUGUUUUAUAUUCCUUUUUGGCUCCUUUGCCUCUCUCCUCUGAUAGGUAGCGGGCGUAACUUCGACGAUAGAAUACUUCUGACAAUGCCUUUGUCUUAAACUCAUGUUCAUAUUCCGAAAAUAGCUCGUUGGCUUCCUUCAUGCAAUCAGUGUAUUUUGAUUUCUCUCCUUUCUUCCUCAUUUCACCUCCAAGAAGGCACAAAAGUUCAACUCUUUUCACAGGUUGCUGUAUUUCUGGCUCAGGUGACGUUAAUAAACUUUCCAAGACCUGAAUGUAAAAGCUUGGUUGUAAGCACUUUUCCAAAUACAUACACUUUUGCCGGAAAUUGUCGAAAAAGGUCUCACAAAUUUCUACUGUGGUAUGCUCCUGGUUUUGUAUUCCUCGAAUGUAGACCUGAAGGAAGUGCUCAAAAUUAUGCCUUUCCUCGAUGAAAGAAUCGAUGGCUACUUUGCAAGUGUCCUUGCUCCAAUACUGUUUAGCAUUGUUAUCAAUACGAGAAAUAAAAUGUGCGCAAGCCAAUUUUUCGCCUUCAUUCAAAAGGUUCGGAUAGCUCUCUAGACCAAACCCCCUUGAAAAUGCUUGAAUAAGUGAAUGAACUUGGUAUCUCUGAAAACUUGGCUUCUCUACGAGAGAUCUUUCCAUGAGCUCGCAAAGAAUUGAAGAGGCCUGGUCUCCUGCGGUCGUCGAACAGUUUUUACGAAUUAAAAACUUUGCAGCCUCGUCAUUGAAAGAGCCAGGAAAGCUGCUUAGCAGUAUCAGAGCUUGUUUCUCGGAUGUAUCAAGGGCUUCCAUGGAGAUAUUUAUUGAUUUUUCAACAGAGGUUUCCUUCGUCGGUCUCCGAUUACAUUGAAGAACCGCAGUGGGUUCUGUUUCAAGUUGAAUUACUAAUUCGUCUUCCGUGUAGACACCUUUUGAAAGCAAAGAGCCAGCAAUACAAAGUGCUAAAGGGACAUAACCACACAAUUUAAUCAAUUGUUCCUCUUUAGAAAGACAUUCUUUGAAAGAAUCAGGAUUGGUCAUCCGACUCCUUAGUACCUGCUUUGCCUCUUUGGAUGGUAAAUGACCCAGCCUGACAAUCCUAAUUUGUCUCAUACUUUCACCGAAUUCUCUCCGAGAGGUUGCAAUGAAAGUGACUUUUUGUCUUGAGAAUGUCCUAAUACCACUCAAGAACUUCAAGAAUUCCUCACAGUCACGAUCCACAACGUCGUCGGAGUUGUCGAGGACGAACGUCUUGCUUGACUUUAACUCCUUACUCCAGUUAAAAAGCCAGUGUUGAGGGUUAUCUGGCGAGUUGUGACUACUGCAUGCAAGAAGCAUUAGUAUCUCGACAUCGCGUAAUGUUUUUAUGGAUGUUAAAUCACAGAACAUCACACUCUUGCCAUGUUCUUGCACGAGUUUGUAGGCUGCUUUGAUUGCAACAGUUGUCUUUCCAACUCCUGGCCCCCCGGUUAUCACAACAGCGGCUUCUCGUCCACUUUGGAUAGCUUCAAUGACUUCCUUGAUUUGUUCAUCUCGCCCGAAAACACUAGUAACUUCGUCUGGAAGGUAACUGUCAGGCUCGGACUCACUUCGUGGCUCUGAAGCCCGAAUGUUGGAAAGCCUUUCUUUCAAUUGCUGCACAUCUCGUUCUACUACCUCUAAUCGUGCGUUUAGUUCUUGAGCUAAUUUCCAUCGUUCAUUGGCUUCCUUCACACGUUCAUGAGUGUCAGGAUAAAUAGGUUCAUUAUAUAGACGGUCUAUCUCUGUUUGGUCCAAAGCUAAGGCCACUAGUGCCGAAGAAAUGUCGUUCCACAUGUCUUCAAAGGCAUCAUUAGGAAUGCUUGUCGAAGAACUGUGGGAAAUUUCAUUUCGAAAACAUCUAAUACGGAUGAGAUUAGCUAACGCCGUUUGGUCACUCUCUUCAGGCAUUGUAUUCCAUUUAGAUCCGGCAUCCGUCGGAUCAAGAUAGAUUUCGCGUAUCAAGAAAUGCAAAAGCGUCAUGUCAAAAGUUUCCGAAGUGGGACUUCUAGCAGAUGGAAACAACUUUUCCCACUGAAAAUCCCGAAUCAAUCCUUUCUUCUUCCCUUUCUCGAGCUUCUUUUUUUCCCGACUUAAUAUUUGCGGAAGUGUUUCAGGUGGAUGAAACGAGUCGAAAUAAAUUCGCGAGACGUAUGUACCUCCGUCAAUCAGUAAUCUUGAUAUUUUUGUACCAUUCGAUUUUUCUUCCGAUGCUUCGAGUACAUUGGAAUAGGCCAUUUGGAAUGAAUGGCUAAAAAAGGACGACGUUUAUUAUUGUCUUCUAAUUAAUUCCACGAGGUUCUUUGACUUGCAAUGGUUGGACACCUGCUUCUGACGAAUUGAAUCGUCACAGUACGUGUUCAAAUAUCGGCGCUGUGUUUUUAGGCAGGAAGUUUUUAUUUUCUUCCCUUGAAUACAGAUGCGUUGUCUACUCGUUCGUUGAACCAACAAUCAAAUGUUUUGCAGGUCGAAACUUCGUCACCAAAAUUCUAACGCUGUUAGCAAGAAUACUUUUGGGUCAAACUCUCAGAGAGUUGGUUGGCAACCAACAAACAAAUAUAAUUUGGUCUAGCAGUUUUGGGUGAUGUCCAACAACUCUUGCUGUAUUUUUGCUCUUUUUUUCACUCCUUUUAGUUGUUUAAAUCCUGUUGGCAUUUAAACCACGUUUGAGUAAGCUCAUUCAUUUUGAAGACGUUUAACUUUCCACAAAUCAUCCAGUUUUCUAGAGUUUUCUCUUUUCUUUUUAAAUUCAUGAAUUUAAUUAACAUUUCCGGUAAUAACUACAGACUGGACAUUUCUUUCUAGGAAAUAACAGUUGAUAUGAGUAGAUUUGCAUAUCAUUGUCAAAGCAAGACCCACAGAAUAAUUCCUUUAGCGGCUUCGCCCUUAAGGCAGAUAUUCGCUACUUUCAAGGCUGAUAUUUUGUACCAUUCUUUGGAAGGCCUUUCUAAAAUCAAUAAAUCAACAAAAGCAUGGCGUCAUAUGUCUUAAGAAUAGUGGAUCACGCGAAAAAGGAAAUAACUGAUUAUCAGAUAUCAAGCGUAACAUUGUCAUGCAGUAUAAGCCCUUUUGAUAAGCUCUUGGUUCUGGUAUUAUUGUGAACCGUUUUAUGAAGUUUGGAAUUUAUUGAAAGCAACCAAAAGUUUUGCAGCCACUGUUGCUGCUAUUGAAUUCAAGUACUUCAAGAGAUUCGAAAAACGAUUACAAUUUUGCUGACGAACGUGUGCUCUUUAUUAAAGGGACUAUGUCAUGCUGCGGUCUUCGCAUCAAUAGUAUUAUUGUACUCCAAAACUAAUGGUCCAGUUUAGGCUCUUACCGAUAGUGCUCGUAAAAAAAGCAUUAAAUUCUUAAAGAAGUGCUUGUUUUUUGCCAAAAAAAGUGCUAAAAUAAUGCUAAUUUUUUAAAAAAUUGCUCGUGGGUUACAUAAAAAUGCUCACUUUUUUCCGAUUUUUUUAAACAUAGAAUAUUACAUUUUUCAGAUUUUCAGUUACAUUUUCAACAACAAAAUGGCAGAGUACGCUCUCGAGCUAUCUCUACCUUGGCUGGCUGACUUCCAUUGCUCCUCGAUGACAACGUGGAUGACGCCAUCUUGGAACGAGUGUGGACUGGGUUUCUAGAGGGCAACCGCUGACCUAUCAAACCUAUUCCCCAGGCCUCCUAGGCUCCUUUGACUAAAAUGAGGGCAAAAUGCGGCUUUGGACAACAUAAAUAAAGUCAGAUUGUGCUUUUUAACACAAAAUUAUACAAAUAAUCAGUCGAAAAUCCAAAAUAAUGCUAGCAGUGCUUUUUGGGAUAAAAUGUAAAAAAAAAAUGCUCGCGAAGCCAAAUAAUGCCAAAAAAAGUGCUAGCACUAUCGGUAAGAGCCUAGUCCAGUUUUGCUAUUUAAAGCUCGUAUAUUUAGGCAUUGACACAGUUUCUUGUCGUUCGUUUCUGCGGAUGGCAAGGAUGAUCAUGGAUUAAAACUGGAAAAAAAAAGAAAAAUGAAGAAAUGAAAUGAAAUGAAAAAAUGAAAAAUGAAAUGAAAAAUGAAAAAUGAAAUGAAAAAAUGAAAACAGAAAUGAAAAAUGAAAAAUGAAAUGAAAUGAAAAAAACUGUUCAAGGUUUAGAGCUAUUGCUACAAAAAUCACGGCAAAAAUUUUUAUAUGGUUACUGUCUCCUGAUGAAAUGUGUUUGAUAUCCUCUUCAUAACUCCUCGCUCUGACAUCCUCUUUUGCUUGCCGCUCGCGCGUGACCUCUCACGUGCCUCUGCUUUUGUCGAGGACCGGGUCGUUCAAAGUUGGGUUAAGUUAACCCAGGGUUAGCGCGAAAUUUAAACUCAGAUAUGAAAGCUUGAAAAACAGAUUCAGUUUAAUUCUUUAAUUAACAAUUUGAUGACUGGAUGCUCCAAAGGGAAGAGAGAAAUUUAUACAAGAAAAUCCUUUUGAACGAAAGAAAAAGAAACCAGGAUUAAAAAGAAACAAGACGCGUACACUUCGGCGUCGUGGUUGUGGAUUAAUGGUGAAUGCGGAGGAGUGGUAAGAAAAUGAUAUUUUUCCGGAUACCCUUUCAUACAAAUAGCCUUACUUUUCUCCUUUUGAGUAAAGGUCAAGUAAUACAGGCAACAUUUUCGCACAACUUGUCGCACAACAUUGUUGCGUUGCAAGUUGAAAAGCGUGGUUGGCCGUAUUACCACCCUCGCUCUCAACUUGUCACGCAACAAAUUUCGAUGUUGCAAGUUGUGGCAACACGUUGCGCAAAGUAGACCUGAGUUCUACUUUUUGCAACAAGCUUUCAAUUUUAUCAUUCGCAACUUGCUACACUUCACAACACUUGUGACUGGUCAAUUCUCCCUCACCAAAAACGCGGGAAAGAUGGUGAGUAAGCGCGCUUGACCUCGGGCAUAUCCGAUUUGGGCAGGAAGUAAACAUGGCCGAGGUAGUGGAGGUUGAGAACGUUCAGACCCAAGAUUGUGAAUUUAUUAGUGAAAAAAUGUCAGAGGCCCAAAGAAAAGAUUUGUGCAAAGAACUUGAAAAGCACCCAUGUCUGUGGGAAACUUGUGGAGCAGAGUAUAAAAACAAGCCACGGAGGUCAAGAGCUCUGGAUGAGUUAUGUCAAAAAUUUAACAUUUCACCAAACUGUCUUAAAAAACAACUACAUAGCCGUAGAAGCCAGAAUUAUAAAUAAGAAUAAGAAUAAAUCAAAGAACUCGAAGAUAUCUCGAACUAAUUCCGAAGCAACUUCGGGACAUUCGGAUGCAAUUUUGAAACAUUCCUGAUCGUUGCGAAUCCUUUACUUCGCGCUCCGCCGAAGUAAUUAUUGUUUUUAAGUAAAGUCGUGGAAAAAGUCUUGAAUUUAAGUUGCAUCCCGAAAUCUGUACGAUUUAAAAUACACAAAUAGUUUACGUUUUUGUUGUUGUUGCCCUACUUUUUAAGGGAAAUAGGGGUCAGCUUGUAGUAUAAGUUAACCCUCAACUUCCACACUCCCUCAUUGCUUACUCGCCUAUACCAACUGCAGUAAACCCAGAGUAGUUUCUUAAUAUAGAAAAGCCAGACAUAGUUUUUCUUUUUCUCUAAGGUGCCCUCAUAACUUGAACCUAAUACGUAUUCUUUUUUUGGUUUGUUGUGUUAUAUUUUCAGCCGAGAGUUUAUCAGGGGGAGCCUCUAAGAGAAUAGCAUUUCUAUUUGACUCCACACUGACAGCAUUUCUCAUGAUGGGAAAUCUUUCACAGGUAAAAGAGUGAAUGAAGACGGACGAUUUGUAGUUUAUAAGUGCAGUGCAAUAAUUUCUCGUUAAGUUGGCCUCUUAAUACCGGUAAGGUAUUAUGUACUGGUCGUUGUUUCAAUUUACUUUAUGUAUUUAGCGUAAACCUGUCAUUUAGAGUUUUGUUGUUUAGCCUCUUUCUUAGAUAUAUCAGAAGGCUCGAAGAAUCCGUCUUCCAACUUCCAUCCUUGACGUUUCAUAGAAAGGCCAUUCCGAAAUGCUUUGAACUUUUAAAAAGAAGAGUAAUCCCCCAGGGAAACGUUGAUCAAAAACGCAUUAGAAGCUUUGAGAAUUAUUUGCCUUUACAGCAGUUUACCUAUAGAAAAAAGAGGUAACGAAAACAUGUUUGCUUUUAGGGCCUUAAGAGCCAUGCUGUCACAAUGUUUGAAGUUGGAAAGUUAACUGAUGAGUCACUAGACAGUUUUCUUGGUGAGCUUGAAAAGGCAAGUUUAAUUUUUUUUUUCAUUUCUUAUCAAGUGAGUCAACAGUACUUUCUGUUGUGCUAGAAACACUUUGACACUAUCCCUAUAAACGUGCAGCUAUUUCCUACAUUUCACAACUUAUUAAAAAUAAAUUUGUUUUUUAUGUCUUUUAAGUUAUGAUUAUACUUUUUCCCUUAAUGACCACUUGGCCUAAAUUCCUUUCUAUUGUAACCUUGCAAGUUAAAUUUGGGCAAAUGUUGGCAUUCUUCGUCGCUAAGGACGUUUCGCAGGACAACGUCCCUAGCGGCUGCAUUAACAGGCUAAUCUUACCUUGUCGAGAAAAACUGUAUCACUUUUGCAGCUGUCACUUGUUUGUUUCUCUUCCUGUUGCUUUACCACGAAGCAAAUAUAAAUGUCUGGCUUCUGGAGGAAAAAUUGCUUUUUUUUCCCUUUCUGUAGUCUGCAAAUACACCGUCCCCAAUCGCUCCUGGCGGGAGACACAUCGUCGAUUUAAAACGUACUUUGUCUGAGAAAACGUCGAGACUACUUUCGCGAAACCUUUUUUUUUUCCUGGGGCCGAAUUUAAUGUAUGUUUUUUUGUUCUUAAUUUAUUUUAGGUGGAUAGUGUCGCAGAGGGGGAAGCACAGAGAUAUUUUGAUCACGCCAUCACCCUUAGAGACACUAUCUUAUUCCUGAGGUACAACAAGGACCUUGGUAAAGAGCCUAAUCAGGUCCCUGCCAAGGGAUUAGGUAAGGAGCAUGGUAUUUAUUAUAAGAGCAUCGCUACGUAUUGCUAUUAGCCGAAAAAUCUCGGUCCAUUUUGUCAACCAAUUAGAAGUUAAAAUUGUAACCAAUCGUGGCUUGCUCUCUCGCAUUUUCCCUCGCUCGCCGGCUACUUGUUUUGAGAUCUGAUUGGCUUAUUUCAUUUUCUGCGGAUGUUUGAUUGUCCAGUCUAAUUACACUGAUUUGGAUUGGAUACUUUGAACACUUCCUGCAAAAUCACCCUCUGUGAAUACAACUUAAGCACUUAAGGGUUCGUCAACCGAGAAACGGUAACUCAUCCUCGUUAGCCUUUGCAGGGUUUAGCCACUGGUGUUUAACAGUCACCUUUGAAAUCGCAAUUCGUUGUUUUAAUGAUUAAAAAGAGUAACUGCAUACGUUGUUCUCGAUCAGGCAAGUAUUCCAUCACUUUCUGAUGGUAAAGUAACCUCUCCUCAUUAGUUCUGCAUGUAUUGUAAUAAAAUCAGUAAGUUGACAUAAGGAUUUAGAUGAUUAGCUUUGUUGUAGGUGAUUUUUAUCGGGUUGCGAGCGUCUGCCUUAUCGAGAGUAAAAGAAAAUGAUAAAGGACAGCCGGGGGCAACUCUAGGUGUCCCAGUUAUGGAGGAGUCUUCAAUGUACUUAAUAUAUAUAAGUGAAUCUUAUUCUUAGAUGCAUGGGGACAAUUUUUUAAAUACUUUUGGUGAAUUUUUUUCUAUUUGAACAGAUUUGCUGCGAUGUGAAAGUCUCAAUAGUUUAGAUUCUGCUGCCUGUGGUAGAGUUUUACAAAAGAAUUACAGGUAACUGUCAAAACUACUUUGUACGUGUACCACUUGAACUCACUUGCAUACAGAAUUGACAAAGAAGUGUUUCUCUUUCCGUGGAAGACAAUAAUUGCUGUGUUAACCUUUUAUUCUCUUCUUUCGAUCACGUUCAAUUGUGUAACGAUUUCUAAUCUGCGCGGGACUAAAGAAACAUGACACAAGUCUUCUAGCACGUCGGGAAACUGUUAUAAGAAACCCGGUUUUAAGCCUGAGGUUACACAAUUUGGUAAAAGAUAACGACGUUUUUCUAGGGGACUCACAUCCGCGGAAUAAAAAGGAUCCAGGCAAGCUGAUGAUUGUGCUACCAGAGAACUUUCAAAACGCUAACUUGUAGGAAACCAGAACGCGUACGGAUGAAAAGAUGCAUAUUGAUGGGCCUAUAAACGGCCGGGUGUCUUAUAAGGGGAGGGGGAAAGAGGACUUAUGACCGGGAUGUUUGGUAGGUGUACAAAAAGAAAGCACACACAAACCUUUGACAGUUUUUAUUGGCCUUAACAUCAGUUUUGGUUUGUUUUAGAAAAGGGAAGGUAUUUUUAUCUUGAUAGCGUGUGUUUGACAAUGAAAUCGGGUUUUUUUCCUGUUACUCUCAGUUAGUCGCUGAGGCUGAUCAUUGAUCAUCGUUUGACCUUUGUGCUUAUUUUCCAGUUUAUUAGUGUCCAUGGCCCCUCUUAGUCAUGAGAUUCGCCCGGUGACCAGCUGUUGUCCGCCGCACUUUGGUCCAGCGGUACCUGAGGUGAACUCCGUAUGGUUCAAACUCUUCAUUUAUGAUCAAGUGAAAAGUGGCCCUCCUUCGCUUCUAUUGGUCAAGGGGACCCGGCUAAGAUGGCUACCCAAGAUAUUCGAGGUAACAGCAGUUUUUCAGGAAAAAAUUUAUCUUGGUUUGCAGAAAGCUUUAAAAGAUUUUGUCCCACGACGGUUUUAAAAAGCGUGUUUCUAGGGAAAGUACACAACUAUUCAUUUAAAUCCUUUAACAGGGCAAUUAUGACUCUUGGUCCAUAGAGUGAUUUUACUUAACCCGUGAAACAGAGACUAACUAACUAUUAAUUCCAAUUAACGACAAGUACACAAAAGAAUACAACAGAAUUAGCAGUAGUCCACUAUCUAUUUCACGGGUUAAGUAAAAUUACUCUUCUAGGAAAGCCCCAUACGAUCUACAUUAGGUGUAUAAUCUAGAAGAAUUUUGAGAAGGCGAGAGGCAUAUUCAGAGACACAAACUUUGAGGAAUUUGAGCCGGUAAAAACAGACCAUUUAUGAAUAUGAAAAAAAAAUACCCAAAUAUUCAAACCAAUAUGACACGGGAAUCAAGUAUAGUUUAAUUUACCUUUAAGAAACAGAAACAGUUUGUUUUAUGGGCAAAACAACAACUCUGCCCGUGUAUCAUACUUUUUUGGACAUUUCUCUCCCGUCCUGGCCUUGCUCAACAAAACGUGAAAAUUUCUAAUACAUGAACUCGUCGCAGCAAACUUUCCUUUUACUAGAUGCACUCCCUAAGAAUUCAGCUGCAUGGAUAAAUUGAGCGAGUUGUGAUAAUCGCGAUAAAGUCUUCACUGCCGUCGCCGUGAUUAUUUAAGAUCUUCGUUUGCCCGAAAAAGCUGACUGGUUUUCCAAAGGUUCGACCUUAACAUUUGUCACGAGUUAUUUUGUGUUGGUUUUUUUUGUAGGAUUAUGAAAGGCUAAUGAUAACAACUUGGGGACACGACCCCGGGAUUGUUCCAGUUUCAAACGUCCUGUUGGCUCUAAAUGAUGCCUUGUCGCACUCUGCAGUACUUGUGCAGGUGAGCUUAGAACCUAUCUCUUUGGAAACAGAUAGGCUUUUACCAAGUGUUGCGUUACUCCCUUUUUUAUACGGAAAAUCCAGAGUGAGCUGAGUUGUAAACAGUUCGCCGGCAGUUUCUUUGGAGAAAGAUAAAGAAAAAUUCUUAUUUUCGGUCGUCGCUUCUCUCUACUUUUAGGGUGAAGAGAAGCGACGACCAGAAAUACGUCUGCGUUCGCGCACUAUCUCCUAUCACCAAAGUCACAUUCUCGCUUGCGCGAUUUUUCCUUGCCCCCUUCACUUUGAAACGCCUUCCUCGUAAACUAUCGAGGUUGUCGCCGUUGUCAGUGAUCUCUCUCUUGUCGUGACAUACAGUAAAAACCCGCGACCAAGAACCUAGAUUUUAAGAACCUGUUAGGCUUAAAUUUGCCAGUUAGGCCCACUCUAUAUAGGAACCUGUUUAGCCUAAAACUUGAAACAGGUUCUUAUUUUCUAAAAUCUAUAUAAAAAAAUCUGUACACUUGGGCAAGUAAAAUAUGUCAAGGUUCAGGAUCCCCUUUAGAAACAUAGGUGCGUUAUUACUCCUUCUACGAUUGUAAUGGUAUACAGGUUUUACCGAAGGAAUGAGUUGAAUACCCUCAGCUACAAUGUAUUUUUUUACUUCAUAAAAUAAGAACCUAAAUGGCCUAGUAAAUUUGUGCUUAUUACCAUUUAUGUAAGAACCUCUUUAGGCUAAACUUGGGAAAGUACAGGUUCCUAGUCGCGGGUUUUGACUGUACUCUUCUGGAAUAAUUUCAGCCCAUCAGAUGGCCUUACGAAGAUUCAGUCUGAGAACAAAGGGAAAAGGGGUAUUACUACCACUGUUUUACGAAUUAUUUCAGAAUUUGAUCUUGUUAGAAUUAACAAAACGUACCUUGUUUUUGUCAUCACAGGCUCAUGGAGUUCAUACCGAGGGUGAAGUGGUGUAUGUGCCUUUCCCUUUGGAUUGUAAAUACGGUGAGGGCAGGAAAUAUACAUGAAUAAUCCCAAAUAAUGUACUGAUAUAAGACAAAGCAUUUGCCCAGUUUUAUUAGCAGCCUUAAGAUCUGACAAUGGCGACGGUAGCCUACGCCGAAGACGAAACUAGAUUCUGGUUAGGUCCGUCUGCGAAACAGUGACGAAAUCCUUGGGUCCCCACCUGUGUACCAUGAUUUGAGUACGCCCAAUGAUUGGCCUAUUAAAAAAGCCGUUGUCAAUAUGCCAAUCAGGUUGAAGGGAAAUAAUAUUCGAACCUACUUCCGGUAAUUCGUUGAGUCCGUUGGGGGCCCAGAAAAAAACAGUAGGUUUAGUUUGGCAAAACAACAACUUUGUACGUGUCUCACGCUUUUUUUGUACAUUUCUUUGCCGUCACUGCACGACUUACAACUUGAAAGUGCCUAAUUUUGUUAAGGAUGGGAACAUAAGACAACAACUUUCUUUUUCUUUUCCUCAACUUUGAUACAGUCCUUUGGAAUUAGUCCAGAAAAUUUCGCCAACAGUUGACGAAUUGAACAAGUUGGAAUAGCGCGAUUAAGUUUGAAGCAGCGUGAAUUCACUUUUUUAAGGAGCGCUUCAGACGCGGAACUUUUCAUGAGCCGAACCUAAUUCGAAUUAAGGCCGACCCAAAUUAUUUAGACUGGCUGAAUUGAUUCAGACGCCGAUCUUAAUUGCAGCUGAACUAAGUUCAAAAGGCGAAGAAUGCUCAUUUCGGUCAAACUGCUUACAAAAUACAUUAUAACAAUUUAUGCAUUAGGUUUGGUACAUGAAAUGUUCGGCGUCUGAAUCAAAGCCGUUCCAAAGUCGCUCUAAAGGCUAAAUUCCCGGCCGGGCUAGGCGAAAAGAACGGCUGAGCCGUUCCAAAUUGAAACAGGUAUUCCUAAUUGAUUCAGACGCCGAAUUUUUCAUGAACUUAUUACGUAUUAGGUUCGGCUCAAAAGUUCGGCGUCUGAUCCCGGGCCUAAGUGACGUUUUCGUAGCCGUCGCUGUCGUUGUUGCUUAAGCUCCCUUUUAGCACUGCUUCGCAGACGUUACUAACCGAGGUUCAAUAUAUUUACGUCUGCGACGCAGGCUAUGGUGACGGCAACGAGAACGUCACAAAGCAAUAUGUUUAAUGAGCAAAAUGACAACUUUUCUCGUGGCUCGCACUUUUUUGUGCAUUUCUUUGCCGUCACUGCAUGACUACGACAUGCGGAAAAUGUCUAUUUCACGAAGUGACGAAAAAAUGCGAAUUCGCUUUAUAAGCGGCUUUCUCCCCGCCGUCGACGUCGUUGGAUCGGGUUUAAGGUUCCUAUUAUUACAACCAGUAAUUGCGAAGUUACUUUCAACAGGCCAGCCGUUUUCUGAGGAAAAUAUGGAGGCACAUCCCACAAUUCAGAAGCUAGCGAAAUGCAUCGACCUUGAACAUACCUGUGGCUUUAUUACUAUGCUCAAACCCUCGAUCAAGAAGCAGGCGGCGAAUGCGCGCCGAAGAACCAUCUCGGCAAACUUCGGGAUGCCAUCGCCUGCUCAGACCAAUCCUCAGUCGCUGUCGCCCCUUAUCGUCAUUAACGAUACAGAUAGCAGUACAGACUCGGCGAGUGAAGAGCAGAACGAAGAAGACGGAGCCGAUCCGUUGUUGUACAGUUCUGUUGAUGAUAUGGUAGUGGUUGGAAAGGAGAAGACGAAGGAAGCCGGAGAUGAAAGCGCUGAUAAAUGGCUGCCAUUAGAUCUCUGUUACGGCUUGCCGUUAUUUGAUGGCGAUCUGAGCAAACAAGUUUAUCAAAAGGUAUCCCUCACGUGACUUUGAUGUCAUAUUUCACAUUUUCUCAGUACCGUCAACUGCCGCUUAUAGCCCCCCCCCCCACCCCCCCAAACCCCACUUAAACAAAACAUACAUCCGAUUAUAAGUCCCACCCCACCCCCCGAGUAUAAGUCCCCCUCUGAAUAUGAUUCUGUUAUUGUGACGUUUUGAGGCUUUUAAACUUAAAAACCAGUAAAUGCAAAAACUAUAUUUUAAUCAGCGCUACUACAACUUUUUUCCAAGGGCUUUUUUCUAUUCCGCUUAUAAGCCCCCCGGGAUAUAUAUCCCUCCGUUUACAAGCCCUCCUCCUAAAACCCCGUACGAAAGAUGUAUAAGCCUCGGGCAGUUUGCGGUAUUUCAUUUUCCUAAGUGACUUAAAUCCUUUGCUUUUGUUUUUGUUAGAUUUCCACAAAGGGAUUAUGUCAUGAUGAAAGGUAUUUUUUUGAUAUGCAUUUUUUUCUGUUCAUAUUUUUCUUCUCUUGAAAUCAGAAUUUGACGAAUACUUGAUAACUUUUUGUCAUCUUCAUUUUUUACGUAGCUUGAAUUCCCUUGUUCACUCAAGCCGAAAACUUACUCUACGACUUCUGGAUUUUAUUUCUAAACAUCAGGUAACAUUUACAAUCCCGGCCAUUUACAAUCCUCCCUUGGGAAUACGUAACAAUCUUUCUGUUAGGUAACCUGCCAUUUCACUUCGCCGAUGAAGGUUGAGCGAUUCGAGCGAAAUAUUCGAUUUUGUAUUUCCGCAGUUCACAUCAUCUUCAUUCUGUGUUUCCGCAUUCCUUUCACGGGUUAAGAUGAACUCAAUAAAUUGACCUGCUCCUAAUGUAUGGGUCUUCAUAGCUCAGUUGGUAGAGCACUGCAGCCCUAACGCAGAGGCCGUGGGCUCGAAUCCCGUCGAAGUCCGGAAAUUUUUUCUGGUUAAUUUGGAAUUGCUUAAAUUGCAAUUACCACUGCGACGAUCAUAUCUUCAUUUAAAAUACUCGAUUUUGUUUUGAAUUUUGCUGUGAGUCUUUAAAGACUCUUGAAAUUUGUUUACUGAAAAAAAAAUAUUUUUCUUUCAUUUCCCCUCGGACCCUACCCCCACCUCCUUAGUUGUUUAUGUUUGUCAACACACUGUUUUCAGGGCAUACAUGUAGAAUAUCUUUAACUUUAUUUCAGUCUGUAGUUUAUUUUUGUCCUCUCUCGUUUCAUCUAAUAUAACGUAUUUAUAUUUCAAAGUCAAUCCUUUUUUUGAACACGUAACAUUGAAUUUCAUGGGUUGUAACACAAAACGUGCGUAACACUCAACGAAAAAUCUUCAUCGAGGUGUUGAUUUCGUUCGCGUACGCUUUUUUUGCAGGACGCCACUCUCUUUCAAGAAUAUACCAACGAAAUGAACUCAUUCUCGCCUCAGGGGCUUGGUUCCUCAGCCUCCGUUAUUCCAUAUCCAACACAUAACGUUUGCUUUAAUAAUGGCAAGCUUGGGGUCUGGGACGGCAGGUGACAGCAACUCGUGACUUAACAGUACUAACGUUUGAGCAGCGACUAUGAAAUUUGAUCUUAGUCGUACCUCUUUCAAAGGUUCUAAUUUGAACUAAACCAAUUAACAAAACGAGCGAGGAAAAAAAGCGGUUUUCAGGCCUUUGAUUGGAACUUUCGUCCUCCACCUUAAUUAGUACCCAUAAAAAUUCUCUAUUUCAAUGAACAAGACUGGUAAAUAGCCUUCCACGCAGAUGUGCAUUUUUCUCGUGACGCAAGUCUGUGCAGGAGACUAACUGGUAAAAUGCAGAAACAUUUCUUGAUUUAGAAUAUUCCUACUUGAGAAAUGAAAUGAUUGCUUCAUAGGUUGCGUUGAAAAGAGUCGAGUCUUGAUUUCAUCAGUUAGAAAGCAUGUCAGCGUAAGCACCGGUUAUAUGAUUUGUUUGGUUAUCCGUUUUGUAAUUGUUGUUUUUUUUUUUCACUCAUCUCUGGUAAACUGUGAACAUGACAUCUAAGUUGUCAUGGCAACCAACUCGGGAGUUGCUAGUCUUCCUUUGGACCCAGGUCUCCCACUCUAACCCACUUGAGUUCAGGAGAAUUUCAGUUUCGUGGUUUUACAAUCGCCAAAUGACGUAACACAAAAGAUGCCCGUACCAGAAUGUAGUAGAAAACUAAGAAUAAUUCCCGCAACAAUAGUUCGUCUCUUUUUCAGUUAUUUGCGCCCAUUGGUUGUUUUCAGAUCGCGUGGCAGCAACAAAAUGAAGCACUUCGUCAAUUGGUCAUUUCUGAGUUCCAACAAUCUUCACUUUCAAACUUAGGCAAAUUGGAAAACAUAUUAUGUGAAAAUGAUUUUGAUUUUUCAUAUCAAAGACUUCGAGCUGUGCCUCGGUUUGAAAAUGAAGGAAGAAGUAACUCUUUAUUGUUUCUGGCUUGAAAAAGUUUCUUCCAAAGGUCAUGAAAACGGUGGGAGUUUUUGACAAAAGACUAAAUAGAAAUUACAAGGAAUAUCGUUGUUAUAAACUAAAGGUCAUGUAAAUAAGCUAGUAAUUUAUUUUUACUCUCUUGAAAUAUACAACCAACACGUAUCAUUUUGAAGUAAGAAAUUGUAUACGGUUUAAGAAAAUUGAAUUAAAAACUCUGGGAUUUGUUGUAUUUAAUACAAGUUUUAUCGCUUUGUCUCGGUUACAAAUUUUAAAAUAAAUACCUUUACAUCAAAAUAAAUUUUGAUCGUGAAUUUUGGAUGCUCUGUUGAAGACUGUUAAGACUGUGUGUUGUUAAAUUUUGGCACAGUCAUGAAAAUAUGGUUUAAAUUGUCGUCCUCUUUGGUAAAUUGUAAUAUUUUACGAAAGUAGAAAAUUUGUCGUAUAAAUAAAUAUGUAAUUUUGUGGCGAUGCCUUUGUACAAUUUAUUCCAAAAUAAAUCCUCCAGUUUAUUUUUAAUCUCUGAUGA